AUGUUGGUCUAUGGUUCCGAAGCUGUGAUACCCGCAGAAGUAGAGAUACCUUCUCUAAGGAUUAUCCAAGAUGUUGGUUUAGACGAUGCAGAAUGGAUACGUAGUAGACACGAACAGUUGAUGCUCAUUUAUGAGAAAAGGAUGGACGCUGUCUGUCACGGUCAGCUUUAUCAGAACAGGAUGUCCAAGGCAUUUAACAAGAGAGUAAGGCCUAGGAAAUUCGAACCAGGGCAAUUGGUUUUAAAGAGAAUAUUUCCUCAUCAGGACGAAGCUAAAGGGAAAUUCGCACCAAAUUGGCGAGGUCCAUACGUCGUUCAUCGAGUGCUUUUAGGAGGAGCAAUGAUUUUGGCAGAAAUAGAUGGUAACGUGAGCACGAAGCCCAUCAACUCAGACUCGAUCAAUAAGUACUACAUCUGA